AUGGCGAGCGUGAUGACUGACCGAGAAGCUCCAGUGCCAUACAUCCGAACAACCACCUUUAAGGCGGAUGAAGUGAAGUUCGAGUAUGAGCAAGCAAAGGCAAGCAUAAAGAAAAUCGAAAAGAAAGACCAGAAUGAUAAGCUUGUCGAGACGACAACUGAGACAACAACCGCAAAGGCAUCUCGAAAAGUGUACCUGAAGACGUAUGGACACACAAGUGAAGAAGACGCAGAACAUGCCUUCGAGGCAUUAGAAAAAUUACAGACGGAACUCGAAGCCGAGUUCAAGGUCGUCGAGACCAACAAAGCCAAUGAUGCAACCCUGUUGUUUAAAGCAACAAAGAAGAUCUUUACAGGACCAGCUUUGACAGAAUGGAACAACAUAGUGGACGUAACAAAGACAGAUUGGGAAGCAUACAAGACGACAAUGGCGAAGUUCAUGUGUACGGUAGUGCUGAAAGAUGACGCGUACAAUGAGCAAACAAACUACAUGAGAGAAAGAAUCAAGCCGAUGGGUUUGACUACAAAGCAGUGGUGGCUGCGAUUGCAGACGAUGAAUCGAUACUUGAAGUUCUUUAUUAAGGACAUGAAUGCUUUGAAACGACACUGCGGCGGCGGCGUUAACUUCAAAGACUGGUGGAACGAAGGUGGCUUAAGUGACACCGAAUUGAGACGGAUUGUGACAACAAGAGUCCCAUUGGAAUGGCAGCAGAGACUGCGUCUACAAGACAUUGGACACAAAUACCGAGAUGAAGGGGAGAUCAGCAGUAUUAUAGACUUCUUCACCCUAUUGGAAACUAAUGAACAACUAAGAAACCGCCGAGGAUCGGCAAGAAUGACCCCACGUGGAAGAACAAUGCCUGCGCGAGGCGGCAAUCAAGGAUUUCGAAACAGACAUGCAACAAAGAGGCCCAUUCAGACAAGGAUACAACCAAUCAAACAGAAAUAG